UUUUGUUGUUGACGUGGAGACGCAUUUGCAUCGGUUUUUUUUUUGUUUGAAUUUGCUCGUGGUCUGCAGCUGAACGACAUGGAGAGGAUUACCAGCGCGCAACCACCUCCCUGUGUUCCCAAACACCCGUCAAUGGACAUAAGUGACAUGUCAGGAAUGGAUUUUCCAAUGUAUGUGUACAAACCCAGGAGAGGCAUGAAGCGCGAUGAGAACAAGGACACGUACAAGUUGCCUCACCGACUUAUCGAGAAGAAGCGACGUGACAGGAUCAACGAAUGUAUCGCCCAGCUGAAGGAUCUGCUGCCAGAACAUCUGAAGCUUACAACACUGGGUCAUUUGGAGAAAGCCGUGGUGCUGGAACUCACUCUCAAGCAUGUGAAAGCCCUGAGUUCUCUCCUGGAGCAGCAGCAGCAGAAAAUCAUGGCACUACAGAAGGACCUGCAAAUAAGUGAUCAUGGAGGUGAUGGCGUGGACAGCAGCGAGGAGAUGUUCCGCUCUGGCUUUCACUUUUGUGCAAAAGAGGUCCUCCACUAUCUGGCCAGCCAGGAAAGCAGCCGGAACCUGACCCCUUCCCACGUCAUCAGCCACAUCCAAAAAGUAGCCACUGAAGUUCUGCAGCAUCAAAGCAGCGUGGAAGCAGAUGACCCUGCCCCUCAAGCCUCAGAGAAACUGAAGAAACCCGCCGGACAGCCCCAGCGGGGGUCCGAGGCCCCUGCCAAGAACUGCGUUCCUGUUAUUCAGAGGACUUACCCCCAUGUGGCGGGGGAGCUGAGUGGCAGUGACACAGACACAGACAGCGGGUACGGGGGAGAGAACGAGAAGCGCGACCCCAAAUCCCAGUGGUCAGAGAGCUACGCCAGAGAGGUGGAGCUCAAGCGCGCCACGUCUGAGCGCGCGAACGGCGCCAUCAAGCAGGAGGGCGACGAGCCUCAGGUCAAGAGGGCGAGGUGUGAAUCGCCAGAGGACGAGGUUGUCGCCGGUCACACGGCGGGAAGCCCCGGCAGCUACAUGAGCUUCUCACCCAACCAGGCCCCGUUUUGCCUCCCCUUCUACCUCAUACCCCCCGCGGCGGCUGCAGCUGCAGCAUAUCUGCCCAUGCUGGAGAAAUGUUGGUACCAGGGAGGCAUGCCAGUCAUGUUCCCAGGAAUGGGUGGCUCCACAGUCGGUGUAACCCCAGAGACACUUCCCUCCUCCUUGGUGAUGUCCCCAAGGCCGGGGUCACCGGUUCCCCUCCAUCUAGCCAUGGACUCCUCCGCCCUGCACAAAGCUUUAAAACAGAUUCCUCCUUUAAACUUGGAAACCAAAGACUGAACAGUUGUGUUUCUCUUGGAAACUUUCCCUCCUGAAUGUUGAACGGGGUCAAACAGUUGGCCCCGACUGAGAGGACUUGUACUGCCGCCAUCGUUUGGCCCAUCCGAACACUCACCCCUGUAAAGAAUCCCAAAGUGGGCACCACCACUUAUAUCAUCAGCCUCUAUGUUUAAAUGGGAUUAUUUUGGGGUGGGGGGGGUGCAGCAGUGCCCCUGCUCAGGCUCAUAUAUCACCUGUCGCGUGGCUCUGAAUCACUGUGAAGAUGAUAGAUGUAAAAAUCGCACGCAAGAGCAUUUUUCCCUCUUUUUCAUAGCAAUGUUCGCCUUCUUCGCGCUCGCUGUUGAAUGUCAGGGGUCAGAAUUAGGACUCAAAUGAUUAUUUUCACAAUCGAUUCAUCUGUCGGUUAUUUUCUCGAUGAAUCGAGUUCUUGUUUGGUCUGUAAAAGUGUCAGAAAUGAUGAUGUCUUGUUUUGUCCACAAACCAAAAAUCAGUUUGAAUGAUUGUUCUGUUGUUGAAUGGAGCAAAGAAACCAGAAAAUAUUCACAUUUAAAAUGCCGAAAACUGGUCUUAAUUAUUAUAAAGGAAACCACUCAAGCCGAUGAAUCGAUUAUCAAAAUAAAAAGUUGACAGUUAAUUUAGUCGUCGACGAAUAAUCGUUGCAGCCCUAGUCAGAAUGUAGGACACAGAUACGACCCCCUCAGUGCUCGAGAGAAAAACAAACUCUUUUCUUUCUUUUUUUUGCACACACCCGCGCACACACACACACACACACACACACCAGUCUGAAAUGAAUGUAAAAUUUGAACAAAAGCCCCUUGUCGAUGCUGCUUGAAUUAUUGACUGCAGUCGAUCUGUGAAUGGAGGAUCUACCUUCAAUGUUUUUCCACUCCUGUAAGUGCAACAAAAUAUUGUUUGGACUAGAAUGUAACCAAAAGGAAAAAGACAAGAAAAAAAAAAAAAAAGGUUGACCCGUCACGUCACAAAAUGUCCUUCAACCCUCACAAUACCUGGGAGCUUAGUAAACACAAGUGUUCAUGAUGUUCAAAGAAUGUUCAGGGCGUUGUCGGUGCACGAGGUGUGUCACUCAUGUCUGUUGAAAGAGUGAUGUGGCCGAGCGCGCCAUUAUCAUUUAAUCUGUGAGUCACAACUAUUUGUGCGUUUCGAUGGCGGUCCCGUGAAGUCAUGUCCUGUAAUAUUAUUUUUAUUAUUAUUAUUGUUGUUGUUAUUAUUAUUAUUAUUAUUAUUAUUAUCGUUAUUGUUUUGUUUGUUUGUACUACUUCAUACAUCUCUAUUUUUGAUACAUCACCCACUGAGUGUAUCUGCGCUGCGUUGCAGAAGAAGGUUCAGGAAGUCUUUUUUUUUUUUUUUCUUACUGUAUGCUCGCAGAACGGUUGUACAGUACAUUGCAUAUUUUCCUCAUGCCCACAGAUUCUCGGGUCAGGUUCAGGCUUGAUCGUAGCUCGUGCUGUUGCCUUUACUCGUUUUUUAACGCAGACACAACAACAGCAGGUGUUUUCUUUUUUAAUGUAUUUGCUUUAAACGUUGUGUCUAUGGCAAAAGAGAUUUAAAGUAAAGCUCAGACAAAAAAUAAUAGUUUUGUAUAGACAGAGGUACUUGGGAUUUUUAUUUUGACAAUGUAACACACGGUUGUUUGUUGUACAUAUUUUGUAUAUAAAGUAUUAUUGAUAUAUAUUAAAAUAUUAAUAAAGCUUUUUUUCCUCUUCA